AUGGCACCUGGGAGAGUCUCACCAACCGUUCAGGAUGAACCGAUCAAUCCUUAUAAUGGAGGUUAUCUAAAAACCAGCCACGGCAUUAAUCACGAUUAUGGCACAACCAAAGCCGGCGGAACAACCGAUAUCCUAGAAAAGCAAAUGUCACAGAAAUUUGGUGAUUGGAGAGAUGACUUCUUCACCAAUGGCUACACUGUCGUCAAGGGUGCCAUCCCUCGUGAAAGAGCCAUUCAGUACCGUGAGCGGGCCAUGGAAUGGUUUCAGAAAUUUGACUUCGGAUUCGACAUCAACGACAAGAGUACCUGGACUCAGGAACAUCUGCCCGUUAUGAUGAAUGGUGGUAUGAUCAUGGGAUAUUCUGCUACUCAUGAAAAAUGGGUUUGGGAGGCGCGUUGCGAGCCGGGUGUCAUUGAGCCCUUUGCAAAGCUAUGGGGAACAGAUGAGCUCUUGGUGUCAUUUGACGCUGUCAACAUCACGCUUCCAGGACGAACAGACGUUAGGUGGACUCCCUGGCCGCAUAUCGACCAAUCUCCCACCCGCAAGGGUCUUGUAUGUGCACAAGGUAUCAUCAAUUUAUCCGAAGCCGGUCCUAUGGAUGGUGGCUUGCAAUUACUUCAAGGAAGCUCUGAAUUAUUUGAAAGAUUCUUCAUUGAGAAUCCUCCCAGGCCCAAAGCCAAGGACGCCCCCGGUCAGUUUGAUUGGUACGGCUUCACGCUCGAAGAGGUCGAAUGGUUCAAGAACAACGGUUGCAAAUUGAUCAAGGUGGAAGCCGAGCCUGGCGAUGUGAUCAUAUGGGAUUCGCGUACCGUGCACUAUGCAUCCUUGCCCAAAAGUGAAAUCAUUCGUACCAUCAUUUACGCCACUUAUACUCCAGCAAACCUAGCCACACCAGAGGACGUUGCCCUGAAAGCCGAUAUUUUUCGUCGGUGGGAAGGAACCACUCACUGGCCCCAUUGCAAUAUUUUUGCUCAGGGCAAAGCUAUGAGAGGUGAUAUAUUAUGUCCAGGAGAGCGUGAUGAGCCUCUUGAGAAGCCGGAAUUGACUGAUCAAGUAUUGAAACUGGCUGGUGUCUUGCCAUACUAA